CAUCGGUCCACUGGUGACGAAGAUAAAACAGUCGGUUUUUGGUGAUCGAUUCGUUUGUUGUGAAAUGAAAAUAAACGCUUAUCAGUCAGUAAACGCAUGUGAUUCAAGACACUGACAUACAUAUAUAUAUAUGAAAAUCUUUCCGAUAAAUUCGCGAUCGAAUGUGCUCGCGCUUGUGUGGAAAUAUCUAUAAUAAUAUAAACUAAGUGUUCAUUUAAAAAAGAAACAUUGACAUUUUUCUCUAAAGAACGUUAAAAAAUAAUAAUACAAUAAAUCGAUCGAGUGAGAGAGUGGAAAUAAAAACACAUACGCGGUCGAACCAUAAAAUUGCGUGCAUCAUCAUUUAAGGCGAAAAAUAAAUAACAACGACAACAAUUCAAACAAAGUAAGCGAAACGCUCAUUCAAAACAUUCAGCAAAACAGAGCACGACAAAAAAAACCGUCAUCGGUUUUGCGUGAAGUAAAAUUUUUUUCUCUCGCAUAUCACACAAAACCAAUGUAUUUUGAUCACUUGACGCGAUUCUGGUCAUUCAGAGUUAGGUUUUCAUGAUAAAAAUAAAUUAAUUCAAUGCAAUUCGAGAGAUAGCAAGAGAUAAGACAUACAAUAAUAAAUAAUAAUCAUUUGCGGUUGGUUUUGACGAAUAACAGCAACGUUAUCAAUACAAGAGAGACGCAAGGAGAGCGACAGAGAUAAAUUACAAAGCCGAACGUGUCGAUCUCAUUUUAAAAAUCAGUUUAAAUUAUUUUUUUUUCUCCUUCCGAAACAAUUACAAGCAGUCAAGUGUGACGACUUCAACUUCAUCGUGAUCCCGAAAAGCGGCGAUUUCAUUUGACAAGCACAUACAAAAACAAAGGCCAAUAUUUUUUUUUCGCUCUCGUUCAUUACAAGCAUCACAUUAGCACAUGCAAAUAUCCAUUAUUGCAUUUUCUUUGGCAAAGUCAGUUGCAUACGGUGAGACACACAUUCGUUCUGUUUGAAGAGAGAUUGUACUGAAUGUGCUUAUGAUUGAAUAAGCGUCACUGUGUAUGUAUUUGUUUUGCCUGUAUGCGUUUAUAUUUGUGCGUUACGCGUUUGCAUUCAACCACUCAUACCUCGGGUACGGACACACCAUAAGUUCGGCAUUUGUCUUCGUGCGUGCAAUAUAAAUAAUAACGUCGUAGCCGUUGUCGUCGUUGUCGUCUCACGUUGUACGAAACAACAUCGGGAGUAAGCGAAGGAAGAACACAGUGUAUUUGGUUGGGUUCGGAUUCGCAUUUCACUGUGAGCGUUUGGACGUUUUAGGCAGACGAAAGAGAGAAAGAGAAGAGAAAAAAAAGAAGAAAGAGUGCGACGGAACAACAGCAUACGAACCAAAACAAUCGUCAUUAGUUAUUGCUACUACCGCUUAUUCCAGUGUGUUGUGCGUUUAUAACAAUACCAUUCGUCUGAUCGUCAACGUCGCUCGUGCAGUUUAUGUUUUUUUUUUCUCGUUUGUCCGUUUAUUCUGCAUGUAUUUGCUCGUGACGUCGAAUAUAAUAAUUUUUUCGGCGGUGCUCAUUAACUAGAAAGUGUGUGACGGUGGAACGGGGUUGAUGCCAAUUUUACACUGCAACAUCACUCACACUCAGUGCACACUAGCCAAUUUGAACACGCGCUAAUUUAGUUCGGCUCUUGACUCGAAAUCAAAACGGUUAUUUCAAUUCGACAUUCAAACACAAAAAACCAGUCGAAGCAUACAGAUCACAUCGCACAAAAACAAGGACUUAGUGUAUAUUUUUAAGAGAUACAAAUUUGAUGUGAUCAAAACAUUCUUGUUUUUUUCAUUUUGUUUAAAUAAAAAAAAAUAACCAGUGCAAAAAGAAAACAAUUUAAUUCAAACAAGUUAUAAUAAUUAUUAAUAGCAUAUUUCCACACAAAACAAAAAAUAACGUGACUUAUAUUAAAACCGUGCAAGGGAAAAAAGUAUCAGUUUGGUGAAUAUUUGUUUUCUUUUUUUUUUAAAUUGAUGUUAACUCAAUCAGAAGUCAUCCAGUGAGAGAAAAUUGCUUUCCGUUUUCAUCAGAGACGAACAUCUAUUAUGGAUUUAUACAAAGUUAAUGCCGUUGCAAUGUCAGGCAACAAAGGGAAGCGUCCGUUGCGUCACUUAACGGCCAGCGAUAAAAUCGAUGCAAUUCAACGUAUUCACGAUGGUGAAUCAAAGGCGUCUGUGGCUCGUGAUAUCGGUGUGCCAGAGUCAACGUUGCGUGGUUGGUGUAAAAAUGAAGAGAAACUUCGUAAUAUGUCACGUCAAUCACAGCCAUUGGAUAAUAAACUCAGCUUGGAUAAACUAAAUGAAAAACUGGCCGGCGAAGCAAUCAAUAGCCUAUUGGGCACACCACAAAAUAAACGCUCAAAAUUGGACACAUCUUUGCCAAUGAAUUUUGGUUCAAAUGGCAUGAAUGGUAAAUUGAAAUACGAAGAUUUUUCAAAUGGUCGCAAUUCGCUCGGUGGUUUGGAUAUGGCCAGUCUUGGCUUCAAUGGUUUGUCACACAAUGAUUUCAAUGCAUACAAAUCGGUCAAUGAUUUUUCAUCGCCGAAAUCGGCAAACGGUUACAAAGGAUAUGGUGGUGAUUUUUCAAAACCAACCGAUCCAACAAAAGCCGAUUUAUCGAUGUCAGCAAUCAGUCCAUUGUCAAGUCUAACACAUUUCAUGCAAAAUCCACAAGCAUUAAGCUUCAACGAUAUCGCAUCAAAUUUGAGUCUAUUUGCACAUUUCAACAGUGCCAAUUUAAAUUCACUGGCUGGUAUGUCACCGCUUGCAAAUAGUCCACUUGGAAAUGGUUCAAGUUCCAGCAAUUUACGCAACGUACGACCAAAACCAAGCUCAAGCUUAAGUCCACGCAACGAUAGCGAAAAGUCACAAGGACUAACCGUUAAAAAUUUAGCCAAACUCCAAAAAAAUGCACCCGAAGAAUUUGAUAUGUUGAGUAAAUUAAAGAAAGCAAACACAGCAACCGGACGUGAAUUGGAUGAUAAUCCACUCUCAUACUGGAUUAAACAACAGCAACAACAAAAUAUGGCCAAUUUAAAUAGUUUGUAUGGGGCCGGUGCAAGUCCAAGCCAUAUGUCACCAAUGAAUCAGAAUGGUGGCAAUCAACGCCCAAAUCUAUCGAAUAUUCCAACAUCAACCACAUCCCCGCCACCAGCAAUGAACACACCAUACACAUCAUCAACAAAACCACCAUUCGCUGACAAUCCACAAGCUUCAGAUUGGUUCUUGCAAUUGUACAAUACAUUCGGUAAUUCGUUAUUAACAAAAAUGGCGGCCGCUGCAGCCGGUGCAAGUGUUGGUGCCGAAAGUAAUGGUGAAUCGCAUAAAAAUGCUGAAAAUGGAAACGAUGUUAAACCAACACCGUCAAUCUAUGAAAAUAUCUUAUAUUCAACAUUAACAAAACAAGCAUCAUCAUCGUCGACACCGAGCCCAUCGGAUUCGAUGAACAACAAUGACAACAAAGAGGGUAACAAUGGAAAACCCGAAGAUUUAUCACAGCCAAAAUGUUCACCAUCGAAUAAUGAUCGCAGCACACCGACCAGUUCGUUGAAGGUAAAAUCGGAACCGGGCGAUGGUUCACCCGAAAAUAAUCGUACAGCCGAAUCAUCAUCGCCACUCGAUGUAGCCGAUUGUAAAGUUGGCAUUAUUAAUGUGAAAAACAUGCUAAUGAAUGAUGCUGAUAAAGUAUGCUCAAGUCUGUUAUCAAACACAUCAUCGGCAAAUGUACGCGAUAUUUUAGAUGAUUUGCUGUGUAAAGCAUCGGCCGCAAAUAACAACAAUAACACAAAGGACAACACAAAUGUCAAAGACGAUAUCGAUGAGGCGAUGGCAAUUGAUACACAAAAUGGUGAUGAUGAUAGAGCCCGGGCAAAUAGCCCAUUCGAGGCCAUCGAACACGGUGAACAAUUUUUGAAGUGGCUCGAAUCGUGCAGCGAUCCAACCAUUACCGCCAUUCAGGUAAUGCAAUUCAAAACAUUAUUAAACAGCAUCAAAUCAAGUGCUAUACGAAUGUCAAACGAAAAUGGUACGACAACCGCUACAUCGGACCAAGAGCAACGAAUUCGUAUACGCAAACGAAAAUAGGAGCAACCAAAACAAGCCCUUCACUACGUUACAAUGAAUACCAUACAGGAUGAAAGUAGUAGCAGCAACAACAACAACAACAAAAAUGAUAGCAGCAUUGAUAUUGACUGGCAUUGGUGCAGUUUCAAGAGUCUUUACCCAUACGACGAUGACACACAAACAAUUUACAACGACGAUGACGACGAUGACAGCCACCAUGCAUUUUUAGUUGAUUUUUUGAAUUAAGCACCAUGGUAUUUAAAAAAAAAGAAGAAGAAAAAACAAAAAUUACACAACAAAAAAAAACAAUUUAGCUCAGCGUUAUAUUUAUUGCGCGCCCGUGUGUCGCACACAAAAUAGCACACACAUACACACAUUUUAUUCGAAACAUACAUGUAUGUUAUUAAAUAUAUUGUAUUGAAUGAUAAAGGAAAAAUGCUGUAAAGUAUUUAUUAUAAUCAUAAUUAUCAAUGAGAAUAUGAAAGAGAAUUCGAAUGAGACAAAGAUGAAAAAGAAGUUAAAACUUUACCGAACGUAAAUCAAUCAAGAAUUAACAAACACUUCGUCAAAUUUAUUUGCUGCAAUGGAUUUUUUCCCCAUUUUUGAUUUCGAUAUGUGCUAAAUGUAGAGAAAAUGUACGAAUACAAACAUGAUAUAUAGAUAUUUGAACACACACACACAUGCCACAAUACACUUGAUGAUAACCAAAUACGUAAUAGCAAAUAUGUAAUUUAACCAAUCACGAUAAAACGAAAUUAACAACAAAAAAAAAAAACAACAAAAAAAUUAUUUCAUGUUCAAUGAUAAGCAUUUUCAAGAAUAUCAUACAAUUUUUUAAAAAAGAUUUUUUUUUGCAAAAUUGUUUAAUUAGUAUUGUGGAGAAGAGUUUUAUGAAGUCAAAAAUCAUUAAAAUAUUUUGUAAAUAAAAUGAGAAAAAAAUGAGAAAAAAAAAAAUCAUCUUUAGCACAUUCCGCAUAGAAAAACACUAAUAUGGGAAAUAUAUACGUAAAAAUUCACAGUAUUUUAUAUCAAUUCUUGUAAAUAAGCCCAUGCGCCACAUUUGGACAUGGAAGAAAAUUGAACAAUUUAUUUUGAAAUCUAUUGUACACGUUUAAACAAAAAAAAAAAAUUAUAACAAAUAAAAUGAAAGCAAACACAAAUCAAUAUUUGAGCGAGUUGAUGCAUUCACUAAAUCGAAAAAGAUGGAAAAAAAGAAUCACAACAUUUGUUCAUGUUCUUUGCUCAUCUCCUUCGACUAUAUAUUCAAUUCCAUUCAUAUUAGCGAUAAAAAUGAGUCAAACGUAAUUCAGUGUUUUAAGGAAAAAAGAAAACAAUUCUUAGGUGGAAUAAAUAUAAAUAAAGUAGAGCAAUUGUCAUUGAGAGAAAAAAAUCAAUGAAGAAACACAUAUACGUAAUAAAUUUUCUUCUAAACAAAAAUUGUGAAGAGCCAGAGACAGAGAAAAUCAUCCCGAAAAUACGUAGCAAUGCUUCACUAGACAGUACUUUGUUCACAUAUACACAGAAACACAAACCGCAGUCAACGUCGUAUUACAUUUUUGUUAAAUCAUUCGCAUCGAUCUUUGUAUAUAAAAAUGGAUGUCGAAUCAAGAGAGAGAAAAAAACGAACAUACCAAUUGCUGCAACUACAUCACACAAAUUAUUUUAGACAAAUUUUUACGUUCUUAAUAACUAAAUAAUAUAUAUUGUAAUUAAUUUGAUAUAUAAAUACAUAUAUUUUCUUUUCUGUUGUAAAUACUCAUGAGUUAAAUAUAUCAUCGCGAAUGUAUUCAAAGCGUGAAGUAGCCGCAUUCGAACUGGCAUUUCACAUCAAUAUUUUAGUUAAUUUUAUUUUUGUUUUAUUAUUAUUAAUUUGAAGCAGUUUCCAUGCGUCGUGCAACUUGAAUAAUAAUUUAACGAAACGCUCAAUUGGUUCAAUCCAUUUCGUUAUGUUUUUUUCGCCCAGUUUAACGUUUUUUCGACGAAACAAACAUGAGACGAAUAAAUGAGACAAACAUUAUUACACACAGAAACAAUGGAAUCGUAUUUAAAAUUAGAAUUACUCAAUUUUAAUCUUAUUGUGAUCUCUUCUAAUGCAUAAUUUCAAAAUGAAUAGAAAAAUAAAUACAAAAAAAAAAACACACAACAACAAAAACCUAAUCAUUA